GAAACGGCCGCCCCAGGGAGCUGGGCUGUGCUGGCAAUGCCUGCCUGGAGCCACAGCUGGGCUGUCCCAGGGCCACACCACCAGAACUGUGCAUGGGGCAGAGCAGUGCCGGACCCUGGGUGGUGAGCCAUGGCAGUGUGGAUCCAGGCGCAGCAGCUCCAGGGUGAAGCCCUGCGGCAGAUGCAGGCGCUCUACGGGCAGCACUUUCCCAUCGAGGUGCGGCACUACCUGUCACAGUGGAUUGAGAGCCAGGCAUGGGAUUCCAUUGAUCUCGACAACCCUCAGGAGAAUGUGAAGGCAACACAGCUGCUGGAGGGGCUUAUCCAGGAGCUGCAGAAGAAGGCAGAUCACCAAGUGGGUGAAGAUGGCUUCCUGCUGAAGAUCAAGCUGGGGCACUAUGCCACACAGCUGCAGAACACAUACGACCGGUGCCCCAUGGAGCUGGUGCGCUGCAUCCGGCACAUCCUCUACCACGAGCAGCGACUGGUGCGGGAGGUCAACAACAAUCCCUCGCUGGCUGGCUCUUUAGUGGAUGCCAUGUCCCAGAAGCACCUGCAGAUCAACCAGACCUUUGAGGAGCUGCGGCUUAUCACACAGGACUCUGAGAGUGAGCUCAAGAAGCUGCAGCAGACGCAGGAAUACUUCAUCAUCCAGUACCAGGAGAACAUGCGUCUCCAAGCCCAGUUCUCCCAGCUCUCCCAGCUGGGCCCUCAGGAGCGCCUGUCACGGGAGACGACACUACAGCAGAAGAAGGCAUCGCUGGAGGCCUGGCUGCACCAGGAGGCCCAGACACUACAGCAGUACCGCAUGGACCUGUCUGAGAAGCACCAGAAGACGCUGCAGCUGCUGUGUAAGCAGCAAACAACCAUCCUGGACGAUGAGCUGAUCCAGUGGAAGUGUCGGCAGCAGCUGGCGGGGAACGGGGGCCCCCCCGAGGGCACCCUGGAUGUGCUGCAGACCUGGUGUGAGAAGCUGGCGGAGAUCAUCUGGCAGAACCGGCAGCAGAUCCGCCGGGCUGAGCACUUGUGCCAACAGCUGCCGAUCCCUGGCCCAGUGGAGGAAAUGCUGUCGAAGUUGAAUGGCACCAUCACUGACAUCAUCUCCGCCCUGGUGACCAGCACCUUCAUCAUCGAGAAGCAGCCCCCGCAGGUGCUGAAGACGCAGACCAAGUUCACAGCCACUGUGCGGCUCCUGGUUGGAGGAAAGCUGAAUGUGCACAUGAACCCCCCCCAGGUGAAGGCCACCAUCAUCAGUGAGCAGCAAGCCAAGGCCCUGCUGAAGAACGAGAGCACCCGCAAUGAGAGCAGUGGAGAGAUCCUCAACAACUGCUGUGUGAUGGAGUAUCACCAGGCCACAGGCAUGCUCAGUGCCCACUUCCGCAACAUGUCCCUGAAGCGAAUCAAACGCUCAGACCGCCGCGGAGCUGAGUCAGUGACGGAGGAGAAGUUCACCAUCCUCUUCGAGUCACAGUUCAGUGUUGGUUGCAAUGAGCUGGUCUUCCAAGUGAAGACGCUGUCUCUGCCCGUGGUGGUAAUCGUGCAUGGGAGUCAGGACAACAAUGCCACAGCCACUGUACUCUGGGACAAUGCCUUCUCUGAGCCUGGCCGUGUGCCCUUUGCUGUGCCUGACAAGGUGCAGUGGCCACAGCUCUGCGAGGCACUCAAUGUGAAGUUCAAGGCAGAGGUUCAGAGCAACCGUGGGCUGACUAAGGAGAACUUGGUGUUCCUGGCGCAGAAGCUCUUCAACAGUACCAACUCCCAUCUGGAGGACUACAGCAGCACCACGGUGUCCUGGUCCCAGUUCAACAGGGAAAACCUGCCUGGAAGGAAUUACACUUUCUGGCAGUGGUUUGACGGGAUCAUGGAGGUGCUAAAGAAGCAUCUCAAGCCACACUGGAAUGAUGGGGCCAUCCUGGGCUUCAUCAACAAGCAGCAGGCACAUGACCUGCUCAUCAACAAGCCCGAUGGGACUUUCCUCCUGCGCUUCAGUGACUCAGAGAUUGGUGGCAUCACCAUCGCUUGGAAGUUUGACUCCUCUGAGAGGAUGUUCUGGAACCUGAUGCCUUUCACUACCAGGGACUUUUCCAUCCGCUCCUUGGCCGACCGCCUUGGGGACCUCAGUUACCUCAUCUACGUGUUCCCUGACCGACCCAAGGAUGAGGUCUUCUCCAAGUACUACACGCCGGUUCUCUGUGAGUCCACACCAGCUAAAGAUGUGGAUGGAUAUGUGAAGCCACAGAUCAAGCAAGUGGUGCCAGAGUUUGUCAAUGCAUCAGGUGAUUCUGCCCCUGGAGGUGCCACUUACAUGGACCAGGCUUCCUCACCCGCCAUCUGCUCCCAGCCCCAUUACAACAUGUACACCCAGAACCCUGACACCGUCCUGGACCCUGAGGGUGACUUCGAUCUGGACAACACCAUUGACGUGUCGAGGCAUGUGGAGGAACUGCUUCGCCGUCCCAUGGACAGUCAGUGGAUCCCCCCUGCCCAGUCGUGACCCCCUGGGGAUUGUGCUGCGUUCAUGUCUUUGUACCAAAGUGGGGGGAGCCCUGCCCUGGAGAUUUUGCUGUGUGCCACCCUGAAACGCAGGCUGGCAUCCAGCUCUUGGUAUUUAUGCCCUUGUAUAAACAACAGCGAAUUUGUCGCAUGACUUUUCCUGUAUGUUCCUUUUAAGAGGCCCAGCUUCAGCUUUUCUGCUUCUGCGAGCACCAGCCCCCCCUGCUCCCCUCCACCCUACAGCGCUGCUCGAGGCAGGGGUUGGACCUCAGGUUCACUUUCAUAGUUGUCACUAAGACUGUACAUGUUGCAGCCUUGUUCUGCCCCAUAACGCCGUCCCCAGAGGGAGUGUGGGCACACCAGGCUCCAGCAUGGGAGGAGGGACACAUAUUUGCCGGGGUUUUGCUCUGCAGCGCUGGAGCCCUCUGACCCCUCAAGGAUGUGGGAGCCCCUUUGGUUCCUGGGCCUCUGUCUUUCCCCCUGGAGCUGGUGCAGUGUGAGAGAGGCCGGGCAGGGGAUCACUCAGCGAGGGUGGUUGGGCAGUUGGGGGGGAGCUGGGGAGCCUUCUGCCUGGCCCUGACCAGGAAGCUCUGGGAUCCUGGCCAUGUUAUUUUUCUACCGCAGAGUAAAUAAAGCACAGAAUAUUUUUUUGUAACACAAAA